AUGGCAACAGAAGUCCGGCCGCUGCAGCCCGUCAAGCUGCCCGCGGCGCCGUCCGCCCUGACGCCCGAGCAGAAGUACUGGAAGACGUUCUCGUCGCAGCUGCAGCUGCCGUCGCCGCACUCGUCGCCCGUCACGCACAUUUCGGCUCCGCCCUUCGCGCCCUCGUCGACGCAGCUCAACAGCCCGGAAACGUUCGCCGUUACGUCGGGCGGGCGGGUGCAGGUCUUCAGCAGCCGCACGCGCAAGGUCGUGAAAACCAUCACGCGCUUCGGCGUCGAGGACCGCGCGCACAGCGGCGACAUCCGCCGCGACGGCCGCGUGCUGCUGGCUGGUGGUGAUAGUGGUGCCAUCCAGGCCUUCGACAUCAACUCGCGCGCCAUCCUCAAGACUUGGAAGGAGCACAAGCAGCCCGUGCACGUCACCAAAUGGAGCCCCGCCGAGCUCACCACCCUCAUGUCCGCCUCCGACGAUACUACCGUCCGCCUGUGGGACCUGCCCUCGGACACAAGCACCCAGACUUUCGUCGGCCACCAGGACUACGUCAGAUGCGGUGGCUUCAUGCCCGGCCAGGCUGAUCGCCUGCUGUUCUCGGGCAGUUACGACCAGACGGUCCGUCUGUGGGAUCCGCGUAUCAGAGGCAAGGCCGUCAUGACGUUCAAGCACGCUGCCGCUGUCGAGAGCGUCCUUCCGCUGCCGUCCGGCACCACGCUUCUCGCCGCGGCCGAGAAUACGGUCUCCGUCCUCGACCUGGUCGCUGGCCGUCCGCUCCAGCUGCUGCGCAACCACCAAAAGACCGUCACGAGCUUGGCGCUGGCGAACAAUGGCGAGCGGGUUCUGAGCGGUGGGUUGGACGGCCACGUCAAGGUGUUUGAGACGACUGGCUGGAAUGUCGUUGCUGGAUUCAAGUACCCGUCGCCCGUCUUGUCGCUUGGUGUCAUUGCUUCGGGUACGGAGCGGGAGGACAAGCACUUGGCCGUCGGUAUGGAAAAUGGUCUUCUCUCGCUCAAGACGAGGUUGUCUGGUCAGCAAAAGGUGGCCGCUCGUGAGCGGGCCAAGGAAAUGAAGGCGCUCAUGGAUGGAAAGAUUGAGGAGUACGACCGCAAGAAGAAGAGAGGCAAGGGUUGGGAGAAGAGAUUGCGUGGACGGGAUUUUACUGGCGAGGGUGCGGAUAUCAUCAUUGACGGAAACGACCGCGGCAAGAUCAAGAACAUGAGCAAGUGGGAGACGGCACUUCGGAAGGGCCAGUACGAGAAGGCGCUGGAUCUGGUUCUUGAGGCUCAGAAUCCCUCGAAGCAAGAUACUCUCACCCUCCUCACAGCUCUUCGCCACCGCUCCGCACUUCGCACGGCUUUGAAUGGCCGUGAUGAAAUCACCCUCCAGCCCGUCCUCAAGUGGCUUAACAAGGCCAUUGGCGACCCUCGUCACGUCCAGCUGGCCACGGAUGUGGCGUUCGUGUUGCUGGAUCUUUAUGCCGAGGAGAUGGGUCAGAGUGCAGAGAUUGACGCGCUUGUUGAUCAGCUGCACGACAAGGUCAGGAGAAAUGCCGAAAUCAGCCAGCAGGCUUGGAGUACGCAGGGCAUGCUCGAGAUGUUGAUGGCCGGGACAGGCCAAGCAUGA